AUGGGAAAAAGCAAAAAUCGCGUUGUAAAACCGAAACGACGGGACAAGCCUCCAAGGCAGAAAGAUGUAGAAGAAGAAAAGGAAGAAGAAGAAGUAGAAGAUUCAGAAGACGCUGACGACGAAUCCACAUCAGAACCAGGAUCAGACGAAGAUGCCACGUCAUCUGAAGAAGAAGAAUACGAUUUCCCCUUCCGUCUAGCUAUGUACGAUUUCAAUCAGUGUGAUCCCAAACGAUGCUCCGGAAGGAAACUCCUGCGUGCCGAUUUGAUUACAGAAGUGAAACUGGGUCAAAGAUUUCCUGGAUUAGUGUUAAGUCCCACUGGAAAGUACACGCUGGCACCGAGGGACCGUCCGUUUGUCGAACAACAUGGACUGUGUGUAGUAGAUUGUUCAUGGAAGGAGGUGGAGAGAACACCGUUGCAUAAAGUAAAAGCCCCGGAACACCGUCUCCUGCCUUAUUUGGUCGCUGCUAAUUCAGUAAACUAUGGAAAACCGUGCCACUUGACAUGCGCAGAAGCCAUGGCCGCUGGUUUAUACAUUUUGGGAUUCCGAGAAGCGGCUCAUCGUCUUAUGAAGCCUUUCACUUGGGGGGAGCACUUUAUUGAGCUGAACAAGGAGUUGUUGGAGCUGUAUGCGGCUUGUAACACGCCGGAAGAAGUGAUCAAGGCGCAGAAUGAGUAUUUGGAGAGGAUUGAUAAGGAGCGGGAGGAGCACUCGAGGGAUAUUGAUCUACCGCCGAGUAGUAGUGAGGAAGAGGAAACCGAGGAGGAAGCUGAAUUUUUGUUUGUUCUUGUUCUUGUUAUUCAUCUCGUUGAUUCUCUUAUAAACUCUGUUUUUUUUUGUUCUUUAAAUUCAAAAAUUUCAGAUUUUAAGCGUUUUUCCGCUAUUGAAUAUAUAUUUUUACCAUCUUUUGUUCAAUUCGCUAGCUACUGGCUUUUUAGAUCCUUAAAAAUGCCAGAAAUCGAGGAAGAAAUGGAUUUCGAGACGACAACGGAGGAGGGAUUUGGAUACGAGCUGAACGAUAUUCUGUAUCAAGGCGCCGAGGCAAAAGUCACGAAAUGUGUCUGGUUGGGACGAGAGGCGGUUAUCAAAGAGAGAUUCUCCAAAGGGUAUCGACACCCGACACUCGACACUCGCCUCAACAAAGCCCGAACGAAACAGGAGAUUCGCGGAAUGUGGAAAGCUCGACAGCUCGGUGUCCUGGUGCCCACUGUCUACUUCAUCGACGCGGAAAAGAACCAACUGAUUCUGGAGUAUAUUAAAGGACCGACAGCGAAAUAUUGGAUUUCCCAACUCUCCAGCGAUGAAUACGACGAAAAAAUGCGCGAAUUCGGCGCAGUUUUGGGAGCGAAUCUGGCGAAAUUACAUCUAGGAGGACUGGUUCAUGGAGAUCUAACGACGUCGAAUAUGAUUCUUAAAAACGGAGAAUUGAGUCGCUUGACGUUCAUUGAUUUUGGAUUAUCGUCACAGGGAAAGGUAACUCCAGAAGAAAAAGGCGUGGAUUUAUACGUCUUGGAGAGAGCAGUCGUGAGCACACAUGAGAAUAGCAAGGCGCUGUUGGAAGGGCUCAUGGAAGGAUACAAAAAGGUCAACGAGAAGCAGUUCACUGCCGUCGAAAAGAAGCUGGAAGAGAUCCGACUUCGUGGCCGAAAACGGGAGAUGAUCGGAUAA